AUGGGCGUUGUAAAUCUUGCAUCUGAUCCGGGGACGACCCUCCUGCGUUUCGCCUCCGGGAACGGACCGGUAACCCGCCGCAUCCUUCGGACUCCGCUCCGCGAUGCCCUUCCUACAGAGAUCCCAGUCAUCGAUAUCUCGCUCGCAUUUAGCCCUGAACUUAAGGACCGGAAGACUGUGGCUCAGCAGAUUCGCAACGCUGCCACGACAUCCGGCUUCUUCUACCUGAUCAACCAUGGCAUCGCGUCUUCAGUCACUGAUUCAGCCCAUACAGCCUGCCUAGAGUACUUCCGCCAGGAUGAAGAGACAAAGAUGCGCUCAUGGGUUGGGAAGAGUCGCUACUUCAACGGGUACAAACCGCCUGGAUCUCAGCGAAUCAACAAGUCAGAGAGCGUCGAUGUCCGCGAGUCAUUUAGCUGGACGUACGACCCUCGCCACGACCCUGAUGUGGUCGACGUCAAUGCUAUUCCUGCGGAGGCGAGGAAGCUUUUGCGGAUUGAGGACUUCCACUGGGAUGGCACGGCCAAUCAGCCAGACUUCAAAGAAGCCAUCAUUCUAUAUUGGCAAUCCUGUUUGAAACUCGCUCGCGUCCUGGUUCGCUCCUUUGCGCUAUCGCUUGAUCUACCUGAGGAUCACUUUGAUGCCAAAUUCGCGUACCCUGAUGCUGCGCUGGCGCUGAACUACUACCCACCUCUCAGUUCCUCGGCCACCGUGGAUUCAGACUUCAACAAGACAGUUUCCAUAGGAUCGCACACAGACUUUCAGCUUUUUACCAUUCUAUGGCAAGACUCGGUUGGGGGCUUGCAGGUACUAAACCGCCAGGGGCAAUGGAUCAGGGCCGCACCUAUCCCUGGGACGUUUGUCGUCAACAUUGCCGACUACCUGCAGCGCAUCACAAAUGAUCUCUACGUCAGCACAGUACAUCGAGCCCAGAACUUGAGUGGAGAAGAGCGAAUCAGUAUGCCCUUCUUCUUUGGCUUCGGCCUGCAUGAAAGCUGCGGCGUGGUCGACACCUGCGUCAAGGAAGGGGAGAAGCCAAAGUACGAAGAGAUCGGCUGUGAAGCUUGGGUCCAACGAAGAGCUCGGGCGAUGCACCAGGUUGACUCUGAUGACGAAAACGACUGUGCGCACACUUUGUUGUAUGUCUUCGUAUUUGUUCUACAGCCUCAAGCUUUGAGUGACGCGGCUUCCCAAAACUUCAUCUCCAACAACCCGAUCACAACGAAUGGCCAGCCAGUUGAUGGUCUCUCAAGAUGGCUGGAGGACUUUUCUCGCUCAGUCAUCCCAAUCAUGUGUCAUUCUCACAAUGAUUACUGGAGGCCGUACCCCCUUUACUCGGCCCUCGCAGCAGGCUGUACCGGCGUGGAAGCGGACAUCUGGCUGAGCGACGAUGGUUCCGAGUUGCUUGUUGGCCAUGACAGACAUGAACUGUCCUCCAAGAAAACUUUGCGGUCCAUGUACCUUGAUCCUUUAAUGAAGAUUCUCGAUACCAUGAAUCCUCCAGAGCAGUGGUCGAACUUCAGCCGAACAGAUCGGCCGCAGGGUGCUUUCCGAAGUCAACCGAACAUCACGAUAGUCUUGCUGCUGGACGUCAAGAGUGAUCCGUAA